AUUUUGCACAAUUAUUACCAUUCUUCUCCCCUCACUAGUCACUUUAUUGUAACAAUAACCCCCUCGUGUCCCCCUUUAGCAAAAAUAGUGUUUUAUUACUCCCAAAAUCCCCCAUUCUCUACCGUUACAUAAUCCCCAUUACCCCAGGUCCCGUAAUCGAUUAUCCCAGUUUUCCCUGAAAACCCUUCAACAAAUCGAAUUAUCCUCACACUCCAGCUCUGUGUUACGCCCUUUUGGUUUUAGGAUGUAUAGGGCCAGAGCGAUCGUAAACAGCCUCACUGGGGUCCAGGGACACUUCGCUGGAUGGCUCCUUGUCAAAAACACAGCACCGGGGGCUAGUUGCGCGGCUGUUAGGAGCUACAAUGUACCUGCUGCUUCUGAACCUUUUCUGAACGGAAGCUCCAGCCAAUAUGUUGAGGACAUGUACAAUGCCUGGCUGGCGGACCCCUCGAGUGUCCACGCAUCAUGGGAUUCCUUCUUCCGGAAUUCGGCUUCCGGUGGGGCCGGGUACCAGUCGCCCCCAUCCUUGGCCCCCCUUGGCCGAAACGAAGUUCCUGCAACUUCCUUUUUGCCAGCUUUGGCCGGUGUUGGCGGAACCGGAGCCGUUAGCGAGAAAGUAAUCGACGAUCACUUGGCUGUUCAGGCAAUUAUCCGGAGUUAUCAGAUCAGAGGACAUCACAUAGCUAAACUGGACCCGUUGGGAAUCAACAGUGCCGAUUUGGACGACCGGACACCCCAGGAAUUGCUGUAUUCCCAUUACAGUUUCGACAACCCGUCCAAGACUUACUCGGAAGAACUGAGACGCCAGGUCCAGCAGUUUAUGAAACAGGAUGACGACAUGGAUCGAGUUUUCAAAUUACCAUCGACGACUUUCAUCGGCGGCAAAGAAAAACAAUUACCUUUGCGCGAAAUUCUUCGUCGUUUAGAACUGACUUAUUGUCGCCAUAUCGGCGUUGAGUUUAUGUUCAUCAACAGCUUGGAGCAAUGCAAUUGGAUCCGACAAAGAUUGGAAACUCCCGGCGCUAUGGAGAUUAGCGCCGACGAGAAACGGUUAAUUUUGGCUCGUUUGACCCGCGCAACCGGAUUUGAAUCAUUCUUAGCGCGUAAAUGGUCAUCAGAGAAACGCUUCGGUUUGGAAGGUUGCGAGAUUCUAAUCCCGGCCAUGAAGCAAGUCAUUGACAAAUCGACCGAGUUCGGCGUGGAGAGCAUCGUCAUGGGCAUGCCGCAUCGUGGGCGCCUCAACGUCCUCGCCAACGUCUGUCGCAAGCCUUUGCACCAGCUCUUCACCCAGUUCGCCGGCUUGGAGGCCGCUGACGACGGCUCCGGCGACGUUAAAUACCACCUGGGGACCUACAUCGAGCGGUUGAACCGCGUCACGAACAAAAACAUUCGCUUGGCGGUCGUUGCGAACCCGUCGCACUUGGAGGCCGUCGAUCCGGUCGUCCAGGGAAAAACGCGCGCCGAGCAGUUCUACCGAGGCGAUGGCGAGGGCAAGAAGGUUAUGUCGAUUUUGCUGCAUGGAGACGCUGCCUUCUGUGGGCAAGGCAUAGUUUUCGAAACGAUGCAUUUGUCCGAUUUGCCCGACUAUACCACGCACGGGACGGUUCACAUUGUUGUUAAUAACCAGAUCGGUUUUACGACGGAUCCGCGACACUCGCGUUCGUCGGCCUAUUGCACGGACGUGGCACGUGUGGUCAACGCGCCGAUUUUCCACGUGAACUCCGACGAUCCGGAGAGCGUGAUGCACGUGUGUAACAUGGCGGCGGAAUGGCGGGCCACGUUCCACAAAGACGUGGUUAUUGACAUUGUCUGCUACCGCCGGAACGGUCACAACGAAAUCGACGAACCGAUGUUCACGCAACCUCUCAUGUACCGAAAAAUUAAGAAUACGAAGUCGGUUUUGGAGAAGUAUUCCGAACAGUUGGUCAAGGAGAACGUCGUGACGACCGAAGAAGUUAAAGAUGUGAAGGCCAAGUACGAGAAGAUUUGCGAAGAUGCGCUUGAGAGUGCGCGCAAGGAAACACAUAUCAAGUACAAGGAUUGGUUGGAUAGUCCCUGGUCGGGCUUCUUCGAGGGGAAGGAUCCCUUGAAGGCGAGUCCGACGGGAGUUAAGGAAGACACGUUGGUGCAUAUUGGGAAGAGGUUUUCGUCGCCGCCGCCAAAUGCCGCCGAGUUUGUUAUCCAUAAGGGUAUUGAGAGGAUUUUGAAGGCGAGGAUGGAGAUGGUUGAGGCGAGGACCAUUGAUUGGGCGUUGGGUGAAGCUAUGGCUUUUGGCUCCUUGCUGAAGGAGGGGAUUCAUGUGAGGUUGUCGGGACAGGAUGUCGAACGUGGUACUUUCUCACAUAGGCAUCAUGUUUUGCAUCACCAGACCGUGGAUAAGGCUACCUACAGACCUUUGUGCAAUUUGUACCCCGACCAGGCCCCCUACACAGUCUGCAACAGUUCCCUGUCUGAAUUCGGUGUCCUCGGCUUCGAGCUGGGCUACUCCAUGACCAACCCCAACGCCCUCGUCAUCUGGGAGGCCCAAUUCGGCGACUUCAACAACACCGCUCAAUGCAUAAUCGACCAAUUCAUCUCAUCGGGUCAAGCCAAAUGGGUGCGUCAAAGCGGUCUCGUUAUGCUUCUCCCCCAUGGUCUUGAAGGCAUGGGUCCGGAGCACUCCAGCGCCCGUCUUGAGCGUUUCCUUCAAAUGUCCUCAGACGAUCCCGAUUAUUUCCCACCUGAAAGCGACGAAUUCGCCGUUAGACAGCUGCAUGAUAUCAAUUGGAUUGUCGCAAAUUGCACCACACCGGCGAAUCUUUUCCAUAUCUUGCGGCGACAGAUUGCUUUGCCUUUCCGCAAACCGCUGAUUUUGAUGACACCGAAGAGUUUGUUGCGUCAUCCUGAAGCCAGGAGUAGUUUUGAUGAGAUGUUGGAGAAUACGGAGUUCAUGAGGAUUAUUCCGGAUAAAGGCGCUGCCAGUCAGAAUCCGCAAAAUGUGAAGAAGGUGCUGUUCUGUAGCGGGAAGGUUUACUAUGAUUUGAGAAAAGCCCGCGAAGAGAGGAAGUUGGAUAAUGAUAUUGUUAUCACCCGUGUAGAACAAAUCUCGCCGUUCCCUUACGACUUGAUUAAGAACGAGUGUGCCAAAUACCCCAACGCUCAAUUGUGCUGGGCCCAAGAGGAGCACAAGAAUCAAGGUUCCUGGAGUUACGUGCAGCCCCGGUUCGAGACAGCUUUGACCGGUUCACGAGAUGUUAUUACGGAUAACGAUGCUAGAGGUUGGUUCGCUAAAUUUUUCGGCAAAAAGCCGCCUAAACCUCAACCAGUGACUGAAACUUUACCAGAGACUAGAGUCGUUAGUUAUGUUGGAAGACCUACCGCUGCUAGCCCUGCCACUGGAAGCAAAGCCCAACAUUUGAAGGAGCUGGCGAACCUUUUGGACGACGCGAUGGCAUUGUAGAUUUAUUAAGAGAAGUAAUCGAUUUAAGAAUAUUUAUUGUAUGUAGUGUCACCUUAUUUAUUUUAGUCGGUUAAAGUUUAAAGGCACUGAGUAAGUUAAAAUGUAAUUAUGUAAAUAGCGGCACCACACUGUAUAUUGUCGUGUUUUACGUUUAAAACUUUAUGAAUUUUCAAAUUUUAAACUUAGUAUUAAUACUCGAUCCACAAGGAACGGUUGAGGUUACAGAGUAUUUCAAAAUGUUAUUUAUUUAUUGUAAGGAUGGAUAUUUUUGAAUGACACUAUUGCUUAUCUA